AUGGUAGCAAAAAGACGUCAAAAGAGAUAUAAGAGUGGUGGUGAUGAGUCUCAGCUAAACACUGGGCCAUCAACAAGUGACGCAGCCCAAAAAAAGAGUAGAAGUGAGGGAGAUGAAACUGAAACUCCUAUCUUUCCAAAACCACCUUUACCGCCUUCAAAAAGACGUGCUAGCACCGAAAUAGAACUAGUCGGAGGUGGUGAACACAUUAUUCAGUGCAAUGAAGUCGCACUCGAUAAAAGUUCAUUGACAAUGGAGAACAUUUUUGAUCGUGUAGCUCCUAUGAAGUUGAGAAAAGAGGUGAUUAUAAGAGGGAUAUUAUUAAGUUUCUUCAUGUCUACCAUGCUCAUAUUUGUCAUCGUCAAUAUUAGCAUAACCACAGGAACUGUCCACCCCAUCAACACUUACGUGGGAAUAGUAACAUUUCUAUUCAUGGACAUAUGGAUGAUUGGGUUAACUAGAAUGGGUGUAAGGAAUAUAGCUUUUACUCGGGAGGAGCAUACACUUAUUCACAUAGCUGUUGUGACAGCUAGUACGGUUGCCUUCAAUGCUGGCUUUGGUAACUACCUCCUUGGAAUGAGACCAGAAAUUGCAAAACAAUUUGGAGGAGCUAACACUGAGCAAGAUAUCAAUGACCCGAAUAUGAGUUGGAUAAUUCCAUUCUUAUUUGUUGCUAACUUGUCGGGCUCGUGUUUACUUAUUCCACUCUUUAAGAUCAUGAUAGUAGACCUCAAUUUGUCAUAUCCCAGUGGUACUGCAACAGGUCAUCUAAUCAACAAUUUACAUAUACCAGAUGGCGUCACACAAACUAAGAAGCAAGUACGUGUGCUGAAAAUCUUCUUACUCUGUAGCUUUCUAUGGGGCUUCUUAAGAUGGAGUUUCACUCGUGGUGUUGGAUGCGGAUUAGUUCUCCCUAUAUUUGGUCAAGAAGCCUAUGAACACCAGUUCUACCUGGAACUCUCUGCUGCAUACAUAGGAAUCGGGAUGAUGUGUCCACACAUGAUCAAUGUGUCACAACUAAUUGGUGGAAUUCUCUCGACUGCUAUCUUGUGGCCUCUUAUUGAGGCUAAGAAAGGAGAUUGGUACUCCUCGGAGCUCAAGGCAAGCAGUAUGUAUGGUCUUCAAGGUUACAAAGUAAGCUAUCUUGUAUAG